GACCACAUCGAAAAAGAGAAAAAAAAUGUAGUGGCUGAAUUCAGAGAACUACAACUCUUGUUAGAAGGACAGGAGAAGCUUCUGUUGGCUAGAAUGGAAGAGACGGAGAAGGAGAUUAUGGCAAUAAAGGAGAAAGGUUUGGCCAAGCACAUGGAGGAACUGUGCUCUCUUGACGAUCUCAUCCAGGAGAUAGAGGAGAAGCUUCAGCAGCCAGCCAGCAAACUCUUAAAGGUCAGGCAAGAAGUUGAGAUCAUAGAAUCACAGGUCUUUUGCCUUGCCAGGUACCAAGCGAAAAAAAUAUAUGAGAAUCCCAUGGAUUUACUUGUAGACCCGAUGUGGACAAUCUGGGAUUACAGUGAUCUCACUGUGCUUCUGAAAAGUGCCAUGAAAAAAUUUAGAGAUACUCUGGAAAGUGGACUUAAACUCCAAGAAGUGAAUGUAAUUCUGGAUCGAUGCACAGCCCAUCCUGGCCUCCUUUACAUCCCCGAAGAUGGAAAAAGCAUCAGAGGAAUUAAUCCAGUUGAACAAAUAUAUCCUUUCCCAAACAGCAAGAGAUUUGAACGUCGUCCAUAUGUCCUUGGCUGUCAGAUGUUCUCAACAGGGAGACAUUUCUGGGAAGUUAUUGUAAGGAAUACAAAAGAAUGGCGUACAGGGGUUACCAACAUGCCAGUGAACGUAACGAAUCUUGAUGAGCAGGCCAGACACUGGCAGGUUUAUAAAUGGGAAAAGGAAUACAUGGCCAUCUCUUCGUCAGUUCACUCUGACCUGGUCCUGACCGAGAAGCCCACGAGGAUCCGCAUCUCUCUCAACUGCGAAGGAGGACAAGUCAGCUCUUUUAAUGCCAGGACCGCAGCUCUGCUUUAUACAUUCUCAGACGCUUCCUUGAUUGGAGAGACCCUUCUGCCCUCUUUCUGUUUAUACGAAGGCAACUCCCUGUCACUCCCCUAAAAGAGGGGACCUCCAUAGGCAAACAUUUGUAAAAAUCCCAAUUUGCUAAGCUGUAGUCCCUGAAAGCCUUUAAAACAGAGGUUCCUUAGCUUUUUGGCUACUACACCUUCCUUGGAUGCCACACUGAGUUGCUUGCGGUUGUGUAGCCUUGGAAAUGGAAAGAAUGGGUCAGUCAAAUCAAUCUAAAAAAUGAGGUGUCCUGUGGGAGCUUUAUAGGCUUUAGUGUUAUGUGUUCAAGUGUAUCAAUAUUAAGGAUACCUUAUCUUACACGGCUAAACCCAUAAAUCAUGGGUUUUAGAUGUCCGGUCACAGCUCUCCUUCCCAUUUAUGUAUCCUGCUUGUUUCUUUAAUGUUUAGUUGCAAUCAAUGAGUGUGUAGGUUCCCGCAAUUCAACAUAUUCUGUUUUCUUUCCCUUUUUUUCUUUCUUUUUUCUGUUUCUUUUUAAAUGUACACAAUAAUCAUAAUCCCAACAAACUCUAACAGGGCUUCAGCAAAUAUUAGACUCAAUGUAAGAUUUACAGCAUCCUAGGCUUUUUUU